UUCAUUUUCUGUGGAUUGGUUUUGUGAAAUAAAAAAUAUGUGAAAAUUGAAAUUAGGCACUACAACAAGUAAAAAUUGAUUUACGUGUUGAUGAAUUGUGUUCUAAUAAUUGUGUAGGCAUAUUUAAAAGUAUUAAAUAAUCGAUUAAUAUAUUUAUAAAUGAAUAUAAAAAUAACAAUUUAGCGUUAUGCUUCAUUGAGUGUAUAGUAAAAAUCACUGAGGCCUUAAGAUGGCUGAAGUGGAUCCUGAAACAUUACUGGAGUGGUUAUUGACUGGACAAGGAGAUGAGCGGGACAUGCAGCUUAUUGCCCUUGAGCAACUUUGUAUGCUGUUGCUUAUGUCAGAUAAUGUGGAUAGAUGCUUUGAGAGUUGUCCACCGAGAACAUUUCUACCUGCAUUGUGUAAAAUAUUUCUUGAUGAGUGUGCUCCAGACAAUGUGUUGGAAGUGACGGCAAGAGCGAUUACAUAUUAUCUGGAUGUUUCAGCUGAAUGUACAAGGAGAAUUGUGGCAAUUGAGGGUGCAGUUAAAGCUAUAUGUAGUAGAUUACUCACAGUUGAUCCAAACAAUAGAACUAGCAAAGAUUUAGCUGAACAAUGUAUUAAAGUGUUAGAGUUAGUAUGUACUCGUGAAGCUGGAGCUGUGUGGGAGGGAGGUGGAUUGCCAUCUGUUUUACACUUCAUAACCCACUAUGGUACAUCUGUACACAAGGACACCCUUCAUUCUGCUAUGGCUGUUGUGUCUAGGGUAUGUGGUAAAAUGGAGCCAGGUGAUGCUCGGGUAGGGGAUGCAGUUUCAUCAUUGUCGACCCUGUUGCGACACAAUGACGCCCGUGUAGCUGAUGCUGCGCUCCGCUGUUUCGCUUCUCUUGCUGAUCGCUUCGCUCGUGCACACGCCGACCCCGCCCCCCUAGCAGAACAUGGUCUUAUUGAAGAGCUAGUACGAAGGCUAGGGUCUACAGAAAGUUCUGACGAGAAGUGCCUCAUGCCUUCAGUGUCUACUACUGUCAGUUUAUUGUCAACUCUCUGCAGAGGCUCAGCCCAGAUCACACAUGACCUUGUGCGUCUGGACUUAUGUUCGGCAAUCGAAGCAGCGGUACAAGCGGAUGAGCGUUGGUGCCUAGAGUGCAUGCGACUCGUAGACUUGCUGCUCGUACUACUGUGUGAAGGACGACAUGCCAUACAGAUUGGCACUAGUCGUAACGGGGCGGCGUCUAGCUCGAGCGGGGAGGGUUCGAGCGGGUCGUCGUCCACGCCGCCGGCUGGCAGUCGGGACAAGUCGCACCGGCAGCUCAUCGACUGCAUACGGGGCAAGGACACGGACGCGCUCAUAUCGGCCGUCACCAGCGGCUCCGUGGACGUCAACUUCACCGACGACGUCGGACAGACGCUGCUCAACUGGGCCGCGGCGUUUGGUACCCGGGAGAUGGUCGAGUUUCUAUGUGAAAAGGGCGCUGAUGUAAAUCGUGGUCAACGCAGUUCAUCACUGCAUUAUGCAGCUUGUUUUGGGAGACCCGCCAUUGCAAAAGUGCUGCUUCGCUAUGGAGCCAACGCCGAUCUCCGCGAUGAGGACGGCAAGACACCAUUGGACAAAGCUAGAGAGAGACACGAUCAAGGUCACAGGGAAGUGGCAGCGAUAUUACAAUGUCCAGGGGAGUGGUUAGUCGUCAGCAAUCAAGAUUCGCCAGUAUCGAGCAACGACGAAGAUUUUCCAGACACGGGGGACAAGGAGAUGGCGGCUAUUUACUUAGAACGCCUGGUGCCCGUGUUCUGCGCGCGCUACAUCGGCGCGGGCGGCGCGGGCGUGCGGCGCGCGUGCCUGUCGCUGGUGCGCAAGAUGGUGCACUACGCGCCCGCCGCGCGCCUGCGAGCGCUGUCCGCGCCGCGCGCCGCCGCGCUGCUCACGCGCCUCGUGGCGCAGGUGCUCGACUCGCAGGGCACGGACGAGGGCGGUCCGCGGCGUCCGGCGGCGCGCGUGCUGCGCAGUCGCUAUAUCCGCCCGCCCGCGGACGAUGAUGAUGGCCACUUGACAGUACUGGGAAUCGCAGAGGAGCUGAUGGUAAAAGCGGCUGAUAUUUAUUUGGAGCAAUUCGCGCGGCUAGGCGUGUUUAGUAAAGUGGAAGCCUUAGCAGCCUCACCGAACGAGCAACUCUCAGCAGAUGGGGAGACUGUCAUAACCACAGGUCCCGGUGAAGACGCAACGAGCCUAUGCUCUGGCUGCGCGUAUUGGUGGGGCGACUGGUCACUUUGCCGCGGCCGAGACGCGCUCUACGUGUGGAGCGAUGCCGCCGCUCUCGAGCUCAGCACCGGCUCCAACGGCUGGUUCCGCUUCCUGCUCGACGGCAAGCUCGCCACCAUGUACUCCAGCGGCAGUCCCGAGCACCAGACCGAUAACACGGAAAAUCGUGGCGAAUUUAUAGACAAACUUCAAAGAGCGAGAGCGUCAGUUAAAAAUUGCGUGCCCCAAAGUAUUCUAUCAAAACCGGGCCCGCACAAAUUGAUUCUCGGCAACUGGGUAAUCUUGUGUAAAAAGGAAAAAGAGCUUCACAUACACAACACCGAUGGACAGCAACAGACCACGAUACUAAGAGAAGAUUUGCCAGGAUUUAUAUUCGAAUCUAAUAGAGGCACGAAGCAUUCAUUCACUGCCGAAACAUUUUUAGGACCGGAGUUGGCUAGCGGGUGGGCAGACCGCAGACAGGAGGCGCCCACUAAUGGCAACGCUAAGCAGAGCCGCAGCCGCCUGUCCGCGAAGACCGAAGCGCAGAAGGCGCAGGUGGGCGAGCGCGCGCGUGCGCUGUACUCGCGCCACCUGGCCAGCGCGGCCGGCCGCCAGCCGCGCGCGCCCGUCGCGCGCCUGCGGGCGCUGCUCGCGCGUCUGCAGCGCCUCGCCAUACAGCCCGCCGGCGAAUGGCACGGUGAGCUGAGAGAAUCACUCGAUCAAUUGACGGAGUUACUAUGCCGCGAAGAAUUACUAUCGGCUUACGAGCUCCAGUCUUCCGGUCUCGCACCAGCUCUACUCCAUGUUUUGUCACCUCAGCCGAACGACAAACCGGGGCAACUGUCGGAGCGGGAGCGCAUUGUGCGCUCGUGGGUGUGGUCGGGCGCGGAGGGCGGUGAGGGCGGCGCGGUGGGCGCGGCGCUGGCGGCGCGGCUGGUGUCGGUGCUGGAGAGCGUGGAGCGCCUGCCCGUGCUGACGCCCGCGCCCGACGCGCCGCCGCACCAGCCCGCCGCGCUGCACCACCUUACUAAACGCAUUAGACUCCGAGUUGAGCGUGCUAACGAUGAAACUUCAGAGGAGUCCGUGAUAAACAAUAACGCUGGACGAAAUCUAAAGGUUGAAGCUUUGACCACGGUGCGACAACUUGAGAAGUUCCUCGCUAAAUCUGUCGCUCGGCAGUGGUACGAUAUGGAGCGGUCGACGUUUCAUUUCGUUCAGAAGAUUAAGUCGGAAGCUCCUAUUAACUUUACAUAUGAUCAUGAUUUUGACGAAAAUGGUGUCCUAUACUUCAUCGGUAGUAAUGGUGGUACAUGCGAAUGGGUCAAUCCAGGCGCGCAUGGGCUUGUAAGCGUGUGGUCAUCGGAUGGUCGUCAAUUACCGUACGGCCGCGCUGAAGACGCUCUGUCUCGAUCUCCAGAACCCCUGAAUGUCCAUACUAAUGACGACAGACGUGCGUUCAUUGCAGUCGAUCUUGGACUUCAUAUCGUCCCUUCUGCGUAUACGCUUCGUCAUUCUCGUGGAUAUGGACGCUCCGCUCUGAGAAAUUGGUUAUUUCAAAUGUCGAUGGAUGGGGUGAGUUGGAGCACGCUGGUGGCGCACAGCGACGAGCAGGCGCUCCAGGAGCCCGGCAGCACGGCCACGUGGCGCGUGCGCGCCGACGCUUCCUACCGCUACUUGCGCGUGCAGCAGAACGGGAAGAACGCCAGCGGACAGAGCCACUACCUCUCGCUCUCAGGCCUCGAGAUCUACGGCAAGGUGGUGAGCGUGGUGGAAUCGUCCCCACGGCAAAUGGGCGGCUCGGGGGCCACGGCCAGCGCGGGCUCGGGCGGCGGGGCGCGCGCGCGGCGCUGGUCGCGCGGCGCGCGCGGCCUGUGCGCCGGCGCGCGCGUCAUGCGCGGGCCCGACUGGAAGUGGCGCGACCAGGACGGCUCGCAUCCCGCCAUGGGAACCGUCACGUCGGACCUGCACAAUGGAUGGGUGGAUGUGAGGUGGGAUCACGGCGGGCGAAACUCUUACCGCAUGGGCGCCGAGGGCAAGUUCGACUUGAAGGUAGUCAGUGGCGGGUCGAGUGGAGGCGGCGCGGGCGAGGGCGCGCGCAGCUCGCGCAAGAGUCACUCCACGCCGAGUCUGCCCGAUGCCACUGCUACGGACCCACAGGUGUCGGUCGCGUCCACCGAGCAGGCUUCGUCGGCGGAUAACAUAUCGGAGGAGGUGAGCGGCAACAUGGCGCGGCCGCGUACUCACGCCACGGAUCUGUCAGCUAUCAACACGUCCACGCAUCAUAUUAACACCGAUUUAGCGACGAUCGUCGAAUCGCUUACAUUGGGAGCAGAGGGUAACAACUGCAUGGCCGAUUUAGGAAAUACGUCAUUUACAAACAUGGAAAUAGGACCUACGAGCAUAACAGACAUAACUAAACCUUAUCCAGCCAAAGAACCACUACCAGACUCAGCCCCUCAAGAGGAGAGCGAGGCGCGCUGCUGCGAAGGCGACGCGAUGCGCAACAGCGCCAAUGCGCUGCUGUCCAGCGAGCUGCUGGCGCUGCCCGCCUUGCCGCCUGGCCUGCUGCACACGCUGCGCAACAACGCCAACCGACUGCACAUACAGUGUGAAGAGAACGAGAGCAGUGAGGGACAGUUCGCCGAGCACAAGAAAGACGGGCAGGCUUCUGGGGCCAUGAGUGCAAGCGAACCCGAUUUGACGCAACAGUCAUUGGCCCUCGCACGGCCGUGCUCUGCGCAGGGCGCGGUGCGGCUGCUGGAGUCGCUGGGCGUGGGGCGCGGCGCGGGCGCGGGGCGCGGGGCGGCGCAGCGCGCGGCGCGCUCCAACCACUCCGCCGGACUCUUCCCGAGCUUGGUGCGACUCGCAUUAUCCAGUAAUUUUCCGGGAGGCUUGUUAUCGGCGGCGCAGAGCUAUCCUUCUUUAGCUCCGAAUGCUCAAAACGCAUUGACUUUGUCCCUCACUUCUACGUCGAGUGAGAGUGAACAGGUGUCAUUAGAGGAUUUCUUAGAAUCGUGCAGAGCACCCGCGUUGCUCACGGAACUAGAGGAUGAUGAGGAAGGUGACGACCCACUGGACAGUGAUAAAGAAAACGAGCCCACUUAUCAGGAAGUAGUAUCUCGCAAUCUGCUGUCGCUGAUGGAGGAGGAGGCGCUGGAGGCGGUGCGGGGCGCAGGCGGCGCGGUGGCGUGCGCGUCGCGCUCGCGCAAGCCCUGGGAGGAUGACUUUGUGCUCAAGCGGCAGUUCUCCGCGCUCAUCCCUGCCUUCGACCCGCGCCCGGGCCGCGCCAACCUUAACCAGACCGUCGACCUCAACAUAUCGCUGUCCGACGAGGCCGAGGGCGAGGGCGCGGCGCCCACGACGAGCGGCGCGGCCGAGCGCGCCAGCCUCACGCCGCCGCCCGCCGCCAAGCUGCCCGCGCUGCGCCUCGUGCUGAGCGCGGCCGGCGUGGCGCUGCCGCUCGAGCGCCCGUCCUGGACCGUCUACCGCGCCGUGCUGGCGCUCAACGCCCGCCUGCCGCACGACGUCCACAGAGAUACCACCUACACGCUGUCAUAUAAAGAAGUCGACGGCAAUGAAACGUUCGCGUGUUCUAGUGAUAGUGAAGACGACGAGCCGGGUGAUCCAGAGCGCGGCGUGGCGGGCGCUUCGGGCGCGGAGGGCGCCAUGCUGUCGUGUUGCGUGCGCACGUUGCGCCGCCUGAGAGCGGCCGCGCCCGGCCUGCCCGCGCACGCCUUCCUGUCCACCAAGCUCACCAACAAGCUGCAUCACCAGCUGCAAGACCCGCUCUCGUUGGCGGCCGCCGCCACUCCUCGCUGGUGUCAGCAAUUAAUCGAUUGGUGUCCAUUCUUGUUCCCGCUCGAAACGAGGCAAAUGUUCUUUGCGUGCACGGCGUUCGGUACCUCGCGAACUAUCGUGUGGCUACAAGCACAACGGGAUCGCGCGUUAGAUCGACAGAGAACGGGCAACACUGUGUCACCAAGGCGUGCCGAUUUAGAGGCGACCGAAUUUCGCAUGGGACGUCUUAGACACGAGCGAGUGCGAAUACCGAGACAUCCCAAUUUGUUGCGCUCCGCCAUGCAGGUGAUGCGCGUGCACGCGGGGCGCAAGUCGGUGCUGGAGGUGGAGUUCGCGGACGAGGAGGGCACCGGGCUGGGCCCCACGCUGGAGUUCUACGCGCUGGUGGCGGCCGAGCUGCAGCGCGCCGACCUGCACAUGUGGUUGUGCGACGCGCCCACGCACCACGACGACUUCAGCCCGCUGCCACUUACACUGCCCGACGAAAAACCGGCAGGCUACUACGUAAUGCGGGCGAGUGGCUUGUUCCCUGCGCCGCUCCCGCAGGAGUCUUCUAUCUGUGAUAAAGUUUGCAAAUAUUUCUGGUUCCUAGGGGUAUUUUUAGCUAAGGUUCUACAAGACGGGCGACUAGUGGAUCUUCCUCUAUCUGAGCCUUUCUUGCGUGUAAUGUGUGGGGAGGAAUUGACGUAUGACGACUUGAAGGAAAUCGAUCCUAUAAGGCACAAGUUCCUGGAGAGCGUAAUGGAGGCAGCAAAGCAAUAUGAAUCGAUACUACGAGAUACCAUGCUUUCGGAGACGGAGCGGGAGAGUCGCAUAGCAGCAUUAACAGUGGACGGCGCCACAUUCGAUCAGCUGGCGCUCACCAUGACGCACGUGGGGUCCAGUACGGCACCAGAACUCGCCGUGCAUCCUUUGUGUGAUGGCGGGGAGCAUAUUGAGGUGGGCGCGGCGACGGCGCGCGCGUACGCGGAGGCGAGCGCGCGCUGGAUGGUGUCGGCGGGCGUGGCGCGCCAGACGGCCGCGUUCCGGCGCGGUUUCGCGGCCGUGUUCCCGCCGCGCCGCCUGCGCGCCUUCUCGUCCGCCGAGCUGCGGCUGCUGUUGUGCGGCGAGCGCGGGCCCGUCUGGACGCGCGACCAUCUGCUGCAGUACACCGAGCCCAAGCUCGGCUACACGCGUGAAAGCCCUGGAUUUUUGAGGCUGGUUGACGUGCUGGUGGAGAUGUCGUGGCGCGAGCGCAAGGCGUUCUUGCAGUUCGCGACGGGCUGCAGCAGCCUGCCGCCCGGCGGGCUUGCCAAUCUUCACCCGCGACUCACUGUCGUGAGAAAGGUCGAUGCCGGCGACGGUUCUUAUCCAUCUGUAAACACAUGCGUGCAUUACUUGAAGCUGCCUGAAUACUCAUGUAAAGAAGUACUACGCGAAAGGCUGCUUGCCGCCACCAAUGAGCGAGGUUUUCAUCUCAAUUAGAUCCAGUUACAUUUUAUUCUGUUUUCAUAAAUGAAUAAAUAUAUAACACGAUAUGCCGCUUUCGUAAAGGUAGUUCGGCACUACCUUAAUAUUAAUUGAUAUUGUGCACAUUGUAAUGCUUAUUUCAUACACAGUAGGUGAUUAUAACUGUUGAGAAUUUGUAUAUGAUUAUUAUUGAUGAUUUGUUGUCUCUGAUUAUUAAUUAAAUGAUAUGUUAUAUGUAGCUAUUAUCUCAUUUAUAUUUAAGAAGUAUACGCAAUAAUUUAUCAGGAAUCAGUUUUAUUGUACAAUAUCGAAAUGUAAACUUUUUAGAACAUGAUAGAGGCUGCCGUAUUCAAGGAACUUGGUGUGAUCUCGUCAUUGUUUAAAGGAAGCAAUAUGCUGACAAAAUAUUUUUUUUUAAUGAUUUUAUAAAGAAAAAAAAAUCAAAUAUAAAAAUAUCUUUAUAGGUUAUAAGUUUAAAUAAUUAUUGAUUUCAUCUAUAAUGAAAUUUAACUUUAUAUAUUUAAGACGGUGAAAAAUGUUAUCAAGAUGUCAAAAAGUUUAUUUAUACUUUGAAUUUUACGAAUUUGGCCAAGUAAAGUUCAUAUGAAUAUGAAUAUGUUUGCUUAUCGAUCAGGAACUAGUAGGCAUCAUUUAGUUAUAAUAAAUAUGUCCAUUUCUCUAAACAUAGACAGUUUGUUUAUUGUACGGUUUUGUUGUUUUUUUUUCAUUUAUUUAUUAAAAAAAAUAUCCUUCCAAUACCAACAAAAAGGCCUUAUGAAUAUAAAAGUUGCUUGGCGUCUUUUUAGUUGAUAAAUUUGAGUUGAAACAAUGAUUUCGCCUUCUGUAAUUGAUUUGACAUUCGAAAGAAGAAGACUCAGUAUUAUUUAACUAAUUACCCGCGAAGCAAUGUAUAUAAGUAAGGCCGUUAAUAUAUAUUAUUUAUUAUGCAAAGAGAACUAUCUAUAUUAUGUUGCAAUUUUUGGACUGAAAUAUUAAUUGGUGAAUAUUAUUUUUAUGGUGUGUAACACUUGUUUAUUGUGUGAAAUGAUUAGUUGUAUGUGUUCCUUUAAUUAAAUAUUUUGUCAACUUAAAGUUGGUAUUGUGAUUUAUUAAAUAAAAUAUAUGAAUAAAAAUAUAUUUAAUUUGAAUUGAAUAGGGUUUAGAAUAAUUAAAAAAUAUUGUAAUGUGUAAUCCAUUAUUUUGUUGAGAAUUGAUUGAAUAAAGUAAGGCAAA